CAGUCAUUACUGGACUUGCACUGGACAAAGCAGUUGAGGGACAGUUUUGUGAAGAAGUGGCCACUUAUUCUGGCCUAAAAGAAAUCUCAGGUCAGGCACCAAAGAAACCGAGACAAUCAAAAAAUCAGGGGCCAGUUUUGAAAAUGACUGUCCUUCCUCUUCAAAGAUCUUCAGCUGCUACGGUGAUGAAAGCACAAUAGGUGUUUCCGUUGACACGGAUGGCAGCCCUGUUGGACAGAGAUGGGAGAGGGUUCCACAUCCUCACUCCUGUGCUGGAAAGCACGGCCCUGUCCAAGGCUGCAGGCACCAGGGUCUACAUGAAACUGGAGAAUGUCCAACCUACCGGCUCGUUCAAGAUUCGGGGGAUUGGCUACUUCUGUCAGGAGGCUGCCAAGAAGGGCUGCAAACAUUUUGUUUGUUCGACAGGGGGGAAUGCUGGCUUCGCCACGGCCUACGCUGCCAGGAAGCUGGGGGUCCCCGCCACCAUCAUAGUGCCAACGAGCACCCCCCGGGCCACAGUGCAGAAGUUGGAAGAGCAGGGGGUGGAGGUGGAGGUCUUUGGGAAGGUCUGGGACGAUGCCCACGUCCAAGCCCUGGCGUUAGCGGAGACCGAAGGCUGGGUCAGCGUCCAUCCCUUCGACCAUCCUUUGAUCUGGCAAGGCCAUGCCAGCAUGGUCAGGGAGCUGAAGGAUUUGCUAGGCCACAAGCCGGGAGCCAUCGUCCUGGCGGUGGGCGGUGGAGGGCUGCUGGCUGGAGUGGUGGCCGGCCUGCAGGACGUGGGCUGGCAGGAUGUACCCAUCGUUGCUGUGGAAACCAAAGGAGCUGACAGCUUCAAUGCAGCGCUCAGGGCUGGGAGAUUGGUCACCCUGCCGGAGAUAACCAGCGUGGCCAAAUGCUUAGGAGCCAAGACGGUGUCUGCCCGGGCACUGGAGUGUGCCAGCGAAUGCCAGGUCAUCUCCCAGCUGGUGGAGGACGUGGAAGCAGUUCAAGCCGUAGAGCUGUUCCUGGAUGAUGAGCGGAUGCUGGUCCAGCCUGCCUGUGGAGCCCCUCUGGCCUUACUCUACACGGGUCGUGUUCAACAGCUGCAGCGGGAAGGGCACUUGAACCCAGACCUGGACUCCAUUGUCAUCAUUGUGUGCGGAGGAAGCAGCAUCCAAAUGGCUGGGCUCCAGGCUCUGAAAACCCAGCUGGGCAUGAAAUGACUGCAGAUGCCGACCCCAGGAGGGCUCACGGGGCAGGGGCGCAUGGGAUCCCAUGCAGACACGAAUAAAUCAUAUUGUGGGGUUAUUGUAAGUGGAAUCUAAUGGAAUUCAAACCAGUUUAUAGAAUAAAUACCAAGCUACUCUGGGAUCUUGAGCUCACUACUGCUGGGUGUGGGUGUGGCUGCUUGCUCUGCGCGUCCUGGGUAGGAAUGAAGGAGGAGUCCGCUGAGCAACCUUGGUUCUCUAUGAGCUGUGGCAGUCGGUGCCAUUUGGGAAGGUACUUUAGGGCACUCACUGGAGCUCGGCAAGUUGUGGAUUGUGACUAUCCAUCACUGUGGUUUUAACCCAUCAUUCUCAGUGUGAAUCGUUCACAGCUGACCCUGAUUUCUGUUAUUCACAGGGGUUUAUUUGCUGAAUAAUUCUCAGACAGUGGGGCAAAAUGUUCAUGUCAGCUCUUUGUUAUUUGUGAUUGGUCACCAGUCAUAAUAGAGUUGUUUCUGCUUCCUGCUUGGAUGACUGAAACUUGUCUGGCUAGCAAAUAAAGGAAAGUGAAUGAUG